AUGAACGAUCCACCGCUUCUGAUCGAUUCCCUGUGUGUCCAGGGAGUGAACUCGCCCAGCAAGACGAUGGCCGUCGGCAGCAGUGGUCAACUCAUUUUCAAGUACAUUUUUCUUCCAAAAAACAUUGGCAAUCUGCUUUUUGAAGAGUUUUUUUGACUUGAAGAGUUCUAUUAUCGGGAUAAAAGAAGUUUGAAGACUCUAGAAGUGUUUGAAAGUUCUAUCAAGUAUUUGGAUCAAUCUGAUCGUUCUGAAGUUUCUCACAGCUUCUCGAGAAGGACAGACUAGUGGAAAGCUCACAGGUAGAAAGGGACACAUUUCUCCUUGACUUCAAGAAUCUUUUCUUGCUUCCUGAAGAUCUACGAAUAAAGAUCUUUGAAAUAUCUCCAUUCUACCUUCCAAGUGGUCUUCAUUUUCUCUUUCGUCUGAGAUUUAAUCCGACGUUCAUCAGUCCUGGAGAAGCUGAGCGCGUACAGAAAGAAGCAGGGAUCGUCGGAAUUCUCAAAUUAUUACGAUACCAUCCGGAGAAGGAAAACAUGACCUAUGAGCCAUUUUUGGUAAAAUCGAUUCCGCAAACAGACAGAGAGCCUGAAGACUGAAUAAACUUGUGAACUUUGUAACUUGGACUUCUACCGUGUUUGAGAUAACUAGUUGUAAUCAACUUUGUUACAGAAAGUCCGGAACCGAACUGCUCUACUACGACACCCAGGAGCACUCGAUCACGACGAUGAAACUCUCCCGUUUGGAUCCAUUAUACGACGACUGUCAAGUGAUUCACUUUCAGAAAUUCCUUAAUUUUCUCCUUUUUCUUUCCAGAUAUUCGACUUGGCGUUCUGUCGAAACGGGCAACUGAUCGUGUGUCUUCAGCGUCCAACAACUGGAGAAUUCUUCGUCUGCGAGGGACACAUCGACACUCAGGUUAAUCCAAUAUUUCACCCAAGUUUCAACUAGAAGUAUCCAGGAGAACGUGGUGGACAUCAGUGGCAAAGUGCACAGAACAGAUAUUUUCGCCUCGUGAGUUUCAGAAGCUAUAAGCAAGUUCAAAUGAGUCCCAGGAAGGGGAAAAACGUGAUCCUGUUGGAAGACGAAGCAGGAGCCGUGCUGGCCUCGAUGCCCAUCAGAUUCCACCUUAACAGCCGCUCCUGCAUCGAGCUGUUCCACGUGUCGACGUUCCUGACGUCGGGAACUGGAGCCAAGUACAUAAUGAACCUCCAGAACGUCGACAACUUCACUGGUAUGACUUUCUGGCUUCAAAAAGUCAGCUCCUUCUCUCAGACUCUCUGAGCUGUCCGUUCAUCUCUCGGAACCACCUUUAUCUCUUUCCAGUGGCUGAUUACAGCCGUUUUUUACUGAUUCCACUCUCAGGUGAGGUGAUAACUCAAAUGAGCAAAUAUCUUUGAUUUAAUCAGGUACAUCCUGUGGAAAGGCCCAAAUCAGAAGUACCAGUGGCGAAAUACCGUCAAGAGAGUUUUUGAACAAAACUGUUCAGGUUCGUUUUUUUUUUUCAUGCAUCUGAAAAGUUUUUUUUUUAGGUAUAUGAAGACUAUGCUCUGCUCUACGUGAAUCAAAGUCAAUUUGCAAAAGUUGACCCGUGUUUCUACGUUCUCAAUUUGACGUAAGUUCGAAGCGAAUUCCGGGUUUGAAAAUUGAAAAUAAAAUUGAGAAAUUUGAUUUUAGGGAAUGUGUAUCUACAGCGUAGUUCAAAGGCAAAAAGAUGGAAAAGCCUAAAAAAAUAGCGCUUCACAAAAAAACAAAACAGCUUUGUAAUUUUUUGUGUAAAUUUUUGAACUUUCCUUCAUUAAUUUUUGUUUAGCUCCUUUCAAGUUUUCCGCGAGGAUGGCUAUUUGUUUUUCUAACUAUAUUAAAGAUCUGAUAUUUCGAGAAUUGCUCAAAAACUACUGAAUUAUCUGUACUUGAUCCAUUUUUUGAGGAAUCUAACUUUUUCGUAGUUCCUCAGUAAUUCGAUCCGAGAAAAAAAUAAGUGAAAUCCCAGAAACUUGCGCUGGAGCCGAACCCACCUCUCACUGUCCUCCCACUACCCAAACGGCAAGAUUUCGCUGCAAAAAGCCUCGGAAAACUCGGUAUUCCUGCACGGAGACUGCAACUUGGCCUCGUGCUCCUUGAGGACCCACCUCUACCUGGUCAACGUCGAGACAGUCAGCCAGGUUCGUCCGAGGAGCACGUCUGCUUAUCUCGCGAAACUUCAGAUGCUCUCAGAGAAACGCUACCGAUCGCCGUCGGUCUCUUCCAUGUACUGCACUAUGAGGCCUUCUACUUCGGAAUCUCAGAAACAGUCGACCAAAGACGCCGGAAAUUCGGUAUUUAUUUUCAGCAAAUUUUGAACACCGUUUCAUGGUCAAACUUUUUAAGUUUCGAUAUUGCACAAUGAAAAAUCAAAAACCACAUUUUAUGAAUUUAAUUGCCGGAAAAUCCUCAAGUUAUCGCUUUACAAUUAAAAAAAAAAAAAUAUAUAUCAGUUCGCUUAGCUCCAAAAUGUUAUUGUUUCUCUGAAAAACCUUUUUGAUAAGGUGGACGAAACGGCUCUGAGCGAUUUCGCGACGUCGCAAAACGCCCGAAGUCGCCUCGUCGCGCAACGAUAUCGCAAAAAACAACUCGACAACGACCAUCAGGUUCUUAUUUCUUCGGAAAAAUCGGAAACUUUGAUCAAUAAAAUCGAAGUUCUAUAGCUUUUCGACCAUUCUAGAAGGUAUAAAGAUCUCCAACUUCUUUUGGAGACUUUUCUACAAACUUGAUAUUUUGGAUUUCAAAAAAAAAUCUUUGUUGUACUAUUCUUUUUUUUUGAUAUAUUUCGCAUUGUCAAAACGAGGAAAAAAAGUUGAAAGGGAUGCUUAUAUCGUACGGGGACGUCUAUUUGUUUGAUUUCCGUCUUUGGCAUACCUCCAGUCGUGUUCUGCGUGAAACUCCAAGUCGAAUCUUCUUUUCCAGUUGAAAAAACGAUACAGCGCCAGCAAAAAUUCGGUUUCUUCGAGCACCUCGAACAGCUGGGAGAGCGACGUCGGCGGCAACCUGAAAAGAUGUAAUUUUUUUGUUGAUAUUUUUUUCGCAAAAAAAAAUUAUUUGCGCGGUUCCAAAAAAACCAAAUACUGGAAAUUCGAAAUCGGAAAAAAAAAAAAUUUGUUUGAAUUUACGCUUUCAUGGUAAAUUAUCAUGAUGACUUAAUUUUGACAUGCUUUCUCUCCUUUUUCUUUCUUGACAUGUUUUACAGUUAUGACUUUUCUCUGUGGGAUGAGUAACUUCCAAAUGUUAAAAAAUUGCUAUAUGAAUUGAGUUUAUUGAGAAGCAUACUCUUUGAAACGUUUCUAACUGUUUGCGUGUAGUUUAUCUUAUAUUUCAAGUUUGGUUUACCAUCAAUUUUCUGUAUAAAGCUUCCUUUUCUCGACUCUAAAAUCAAUGGUCGCACUGUGGAAUGCUUCGACGCGUAGCGGCUGCAAAGCGGGCUUCGAGCCAUUCCACUAAUAUUUUGAUGAAAGAUUUUUUUCUGCUUGCUCGAAAAACCUCGACAAGCUGUUGCCGAAUGAACUGUACAGAAGUGGAGAGAAAGUUGGCUUUUUGAUGGUUUUAACUGGCCGCACCAGGCGUAUAAUCCGAUUCGAAACCAAGCGGCUUUGGUGAAUAAAUUUUUGCUUCCGCUCUCGUUCCGCUUCGAUCGCGUUCCAUUCUUUUUUCUGUAUUUUUCAGCAAAACUCAUUCAAAAUUAACCUUGAAAAAAAGAAUAAUUUAGCCCCCUCGGUUGGCUCCGUCAAUUGGAGCGCCGACAUGGUCGACCAAUGUGCCGGUUCUUCUUUGGAUGUAAAAAAAGCUCUUUUUUUCUAUCUCUGAUGAAUGAAAGAUACAGGAACAACUGAGGAUGGCGAUCGAUUGGGGCUUCAAUCAGAGUGAGAUCCUGGCCGCUCUCAAGGCGAAUAACAAGGAAAAUCGAGAGGUUUGUUUAUCGAAUUUUGCGAUUCUGAUGGCCAUAUACGGACUCUCGUGUUUGAACGACCUUUUCGUUUGCGCCCAUCUUCUUUUUCGAUUUUUUUUUGAUGGCCCUGUUUGUCAUUUUCCGGCCAACUUGCAGUCUCUUCAGGAGUUUCCACCGUUCGAAAGUCCGAAUGUGAUGUUGGACCUGCUGAAUCAGGUCUCUGGACGUACCAUGGCCAAGUUGAGCAUCUACCAGCCUCUGAGGUUUUUUUCUAAUAAAAUAUAUCAGAAGAACUUACUUUCUGAAGCGAUGCCCAACCUCAUUCAUCGAGGCGACAUGACUCUCCCAGAAGUGCCUCAGUCUCUCGUUCCUCGUCAUUUCACCUGGGAACUCCCAAGUUUGUCACUUUUUCUACUUCAAAAACACAUUUUUUGACAUUUAAAUCGUCAAACAAUAAAAAAAUCUUCCAGAAGUACUCGAGAAUCUCACGACAUCGUACGCUUACUUUCUACGUUAGAGCGAGAAAAAGAGAGAGACCGGAAAGAAGUCGAAAGUCAGUUCAUCAUUCUCAAGGUUCUUCGAGAAUCCCUUUAUCAAACACUGAAUAAAUCUCCUCAGAACCGAAUAAACGUGUUGGAAAUCGAAAAAGAAGGUCUAGUUCGAGAUAAUAAAGAAUUGCGGAGGAUCGUGGACUCGACAUCGGAACUGCUACAAAAGGAGCAGGAGGACAAGGAGAAGCUGCUCGACGACAAGGCCGAAUACCUCAAAAGCUUCGAUAAGAUGGUCUUUUUUUUCAAAUUAUGUCUGGAAAAAUCAAAAUUUGCAGACAUUACAACACUUGCGAUCUCAACAAGAGCUUCACGACCAGAAGGAACUUUCGGAGCAUCGUCGGAAGAUCUACGAAGAAGAGCAGAGCAAGAAAGAAGAGGUUCCCGUUAUUCAGUGUGAGCGUUCUGAAGGAACCAACCAUUUUCAGCAACUGCAAUCUCUACAGCUUCGGAGUGAAGAGCUGGAAAAGGAGUUGGAGCGGAAAAGCGCUUUGCUGGACGAGCAGACCAACAUCACCAGAAGGAUGGAGGAAAGGACUUCUCAACUGGUAUAGAAACUUUAUCGUAGUCUUGUCACUUUGAUUGAGUUGAUCUUGCCUUUGAAAGCAGAGAAAAGAGAGAAAAGCCUAUAAAGAAUUCGUUAAGCAAUCCGUCGUGCUGCUGGAGAACCUGACCAAGAAGUACGAGAAGCUGCUCGAGUUCAUGUCUCUCUUUGCCCCGAACUUCGAGGACGUGAGGACUGCUCACAAGGAGCUGGUGAGACUAUCGAACGAAGGAAAGAUAACGAAAAGUCUUCAGUUCGCCACCUAUCCGCAGAUGCAAGACGCGCUCCAACGAGAACGAGAGGAAAGGCAGCGGGAGAAGCUCGAAAUGCAGGAAAUGGCGGAGAGACACAUGCGGGAGUACAACCGCCUGGUGGACAAGUCCAUUGCCGAGUGUUGCAUUUGUCUCAGCACCAAGGUUUGCGGAUACCUUUACCCAUUUGUUCGAGAGUAACUUCGAAAAAGUCCAGGAAAAUAAUAGAAUAUUUGCGAGGUUUUACUAAACUUGAAUCAGCCACUGUAAUAUCAAUCGACAAACUCGAUAACCUUUCGAAAUUGAGCUUUUCCUAACGCUUUUGAUACGGCUUUGACUGUCCGAAUUCCGAAAAUCGGUGAUUUUUAAGUAUCACAUGCUUGGAUUCUGAAGAGACUUCCAAAAAAAGCAGCUGGGUUCCUCAUUUUUGACUUUCUGACUGUUAUGAUCUGGUUUAUUAUGAAGAAAUUGACGACUUUCAUGAAAAAAGGUGUUUGGAGAGUUGAAACGAUUCUUGUAUUCAAAAAUGACGUAUAAAUUCCUAAUCUUGUUCAUUCAAUCCACCAAGAGCCUUCUAUCUCACAAAAACCGAAAAUUGCAGCCUUCGGUGGUUUUCAUGCCAUGUCGACACCUGGUCUCGUGCCACGACUGCCACGCCGAAAUCAAAGAGUGUCCGACGUGCCGGGCGGUCAUCGAAGAUCACAUCAAUGUCUACUUGUAG